UUCGCUCUCCCAACUUUUAUUGUUCUUUCUUUCCUUUUUUUUCUUCCAUUUUAUUUUCUCUCCGAUUAUUAGGGUUUCAUUCAGCUCCUGACGCCUCUUCGUCGAUCGGCUGAAGCCAAUGGAGGUUACCCAAGUGCUUUUGAAUGCACAAUCAAUAGAUGGGGCUGUUCGGAAUAAUGCCGAAGAAAGCUUGAAACAGUUUCAGGAGCAGAACCUUCCUGGUUUCUUGCUUGUACUCUCUGGGGAAUUGGUAAAUGAGGAGAAGCCUGUGGAAACACGCAAGUUAGCGGGUUUGAUACUUAAGAAUGCGUUGGAUGCUAAGGAUCAGCAGAGGAAGGUUGAGCUUGUUCAAAGAUGGUUGUUGUUGGAUGGCAAUGCCAAGAGCCAGAUUAAGUCAGGUUUACUGAAGACUCUUUCUUCUCCGGUAUCUGAUGCUCGGUCAACUGCAUCUCAAGUUGUUGCCAAGGUUGCUGGCAUUGAGUUGCCACAUAAACAGUGGCCCGAGUUGGUAGUUUCACUUUUAUCAAAUGUUCAUCAGCUACCAGCUCAUGCUAAGCAAGCCACUUUGGAGACUCUUGGGUAUUUGUGUGAAGAGGUCUCCCCUGAUGUCAUUGAUCAAGAUCAAGUAAAUAAAAUACUUACGGCUGUAGUUCAAGGCAUGAGUGCUUCCGAAGGGAACAUUGAUGUAAGGCUUGCUGCCACAAGAGCACUUUACAAUGCUCUGGGAUUUGCUCAGGCAAAUUUCAGCAACGAUAUGGAGCGUGAUUAUCUCAUGAGAGUUGUUUGUGAGGCAACCCAGUCCCCUGACGUGAGAGUAAGGCAAGCAGCUUUUGAGUGUUUGGUUUCAAUUUCAUCAACUUAUUAUGAGAAACUAGCCCCUUAUAUCCAAGAUAUUUUUAACAUCACAGCAAAGGCAGUCAGAGAAGAUGAGGAGCCUGUGGCUCUUCAAGCGGUUGAGUUUUGGAGUUCAAUAUGUGAUGAAGAGAUAGAUAUUUUGGAAGAAUAUGGAGGUGAUUUUACUGGAGACUCUAAUAUUCCUUGCUUUUACUUUAUCAAGCAAGCAAUCCCUGCCCUUGUUCCUAUGUUGUUGGAGACACUGUUGAAACAGGAAGAGGAUCAGGAUCAGGAUGAAGGGGCAUGGAAUAUUGCGAUGGCUGGUGGUACCUGUCUUGGGUUGGUUGCACGGACUGUAGGAGAUGAUAUUGUCCCUCUUGUUGUGCCAUUCAUUGAGGAAAACAUAACAAAACCAGAUUGGAGGCAGAGGGAGGCAGCAACUUACGCCUUUGGUUCAAUCCUGGAGGGCCCUUCCCCUGAAAAAUUGAUUCCACUUGUGAAUGUUGCCUUGACAUUCAUGCUUACUGCUUUGACAAAGGACCCAAAUAGCCACGUCAAAGACACUACAGCCUGGACCCUUGGACGAAUUUUCGAGUUCCUUCAUGGCUCAGCUGUAGAUACACCCAUCAUCACUCAGGCAAAUUGCCAACAGAUCAUCACAGUUCUGCUACAUAGUAUGAAGGACACCCCAAAUGUUGCUGAGAAGGCCUGUGGUGCUCUCUAUUUUCUUGCUCAAGGUUACGAGGAAGUGGGUCCAUCAUCUCCUUUAACUCCCUUUUUCCAGGAAAUUGUUCAGUCUCUUCUCACUGUCACUCACCGUGAAGAUGCUAGGGAAUCCCGGUUGAGGACAGCUGCAUAUGAGACAUUAAAUGAAGUGGCGAGGUGUUCAACAGAAGAGACAGCUCCAUUGGUGUUGCAAUUGGUGCCUGUCAUUAUAAUGGAGCUUCAUAACACUCUUGAGGGCCAGAAACUGUCAUCCGAUGAAAAGGAGAAGCAGGGUGAACUGCAAGGCCUUCUUUGUGGGUGUUUACAGGUCAUUAUUCAGAAGCUUGGUUCAUCAGAAUCAACCAAGCAUGUGUUCAUGCAGUAUGCAGAUCAGAUAAUGGGGCUUUUCCUAAAGGUUUUUGCCUGUAGGAGUGCAACUGUGCACGAGGAGGCCAUGCUUGCAAUCGGAGCCCUUGCUUAUGCAACAGGGCCUGAUUUUGCGAAAUACAUGCCAGAAUUUUAUAGGUACUUAGAAAUGGGUCUUCAGAAUUUCGAAGAGUACCAAGUCUGUGCUGUCACAGUUGGUGUUGUGGGCGAUAUUUGUCGGGCAUUAGAGGAAAAAAUUGUUCCUUACUGUGAUGGGAUUAUGACACAUCUUCUCAAAAAUUUAUCGAGCAACCAGUUGCAUAGGUCUGUAAAGCCUCCUAUAUUUUCAUGCUUUGGCGACAUUGCAUUGGCAGUAGGUGAGUAUUUUGAAAAGUACUUAAUGUGGGCCAUGUCUGCGCUUCAAAGCGCGGCAGAGUUGUCUACCCAUACAGCAGGUGAUGAUGAAUUAAUAGAGUACAUAAAUACUCUGAGAAAUGGAAUACUGGAGGCAUAUUCUGGGAUUUUCCAAGGGUUUAAGAACUCUCCGAAAACCCAGCUUUUGAUUCCCUAUGCACCUCAUAUCCUCCAGUUCUUAGAUGGUAUAUACAUGGAGAAAGACAUGGAUGAUGUGGUCAUGAAGGCUGCCAUUGGUGUCCUUGGAGAUCUUGCUGAUACCUUAGGCAGUCAUGCCGGUUCUCUGAUACAGCAAUCUGUCUCGAGCAAGGACUUUUUAAAUGAAUGCUUGUCUUCGGAAGACCUUAUGAUUAAAGAAUCAGCUGAAUGGGCCAAGCUGGCCAUUACUCGUGCCAUUUCUGUUUGAGGGUGUUGCCAUUCAGCUUCAUCUUGUUUAUUUUCUUUUGGGAAGUCCAUGCAUCUGGGUGUGUCGAGUUGAGGGUCUGGGAUUGCAUGUGUCAAGUCAUAGCCAUUGUCCGAUAACUGAAGUUGUCCAUCUUCAAGUUGUCACUAACUCUUGCAUCAUAAUCAUCGGGUCAGAUUCCAUCAUUAAUCAAUGGAAGAAGUGGAUAGAUAUGGUUUCGGAGAAGUUGAUAAACCUCUGCUUGUUAUCGGAGGAGACUUGCAGUUAGGACAUGACCAAUGUGUCAAUAGAAGCAUAAUUUUUUUUUUGCCUAGGAGCGGUUUCUGGCUGUUAAAUUGCAGGUUACUGGAAACAGAUGAUUAAUGAUCAGUUUCAGAGUGCUGCUGCAGUUCAAGACAUCUCAUAUGCUUCACAUUACCAUAGCUGUUCGAUCUACGAGUUCUGGUUCUGAAGUUUAGUUAAAGUCUGCUUCUUUUGUAUAACUUGGUUUUGGUGCGGUCAAGAGUUAACCAUAUAUACUGCAUGCUAUUGGGAGCAUUGCAUCCAGCAUUUCUUUUUCCUCUUUUUUUCCCCAAAAGAAGAUUCAAUUGUUAGAACAAGUCAGGAGUCAAUUGUUCAAAUAUCAUGCAUUCAUAUUUUGUUUUGUUUUGAAA